AUGUCUCUCGUGGGGACCUUUACAUCCAAUUACGAUAAAAGUAUAAAUACAAGUGGCCCUGGGGUACUGGGACAAAGACGACCUAGUGAAGCAGAUCAAUCUAGCGUGCCAUUCCGAACUCGAUCGCACUCUCAGUCGACGAAACCGAAACGUUCUACUGACAACCAAGAAAUGUCAGCAACAUCUGACGACAAAACAGCAAGUCGAAACGAUGCAGCACUACCUUCCAACAAGCCCGAGUCUGCCAGCAGCACCGACGAAGAGGGAGCUGAGCGUAUCAAAUAUCUGGCCAGACAGUUCUCGCGGACGUCAAACUUCUCAGUGAAUGCCAGCCCAUUCGAGGCAGAGGCAGACUCAGCUCUAGAUCCCAGUUCAGACAACUUUCGAUCUCGAGCAUGGGUCAAGUCCAUGUUCAAGCUACAGUCGGAAGAUGACCGUUUUCUCGCCAGGACUGCUGGGUUUGCAUUCCGAAAUUUAAGUGCCUAUGGCUUUGGUGCAGCAACCGAUUAUCAAAAAUCCGUCGGUAACGUAAUGCUAGAAGUUGUCGGAAUGGCUCGAAGACUUAUGGGUACUGGCCAGCGACGGAUUGAUAUCCUGCGGAAUUUCGAUGGUCUCGUUCUUCCGGGAGAAAUGCUUGUUGUCCUUGGACCCCCAGGCUCAGGUUGUUCCACAUUUCUAAAGACAAUCGCUGGUGAAACGCACGGUUUCAAUAUUGAGCAAGACUCCUACAUUAAUUAUCAGGGCAUCAGCUAUGCGGACAUGCACAAGCACUUCCGAGGCGAAGCGAUCUAUACGGCAGAACUUGAUGUUCACUUUCCUCAGUUGACCGUGGCUGAGACUCUCUACUUUGCAGCCCGUGCAAGAGCCCCGAGAUUCCUCCCUGGUGGGGUGUCGAUAGAGACAUACGCUGCACAUAUGAGGGAUGUCAUUAUGGCAACCCUAGGCAUUCGCCAUACAUUCAACACUCAAGUUGGCAACGAUUACAUCCGAGGCGUCUCUGGUGGUGAGCGAAAGCGUGUCAGUAUUGCCGAAGCAAUGUUAAAUCAAUCACCUCUACAGUGCUGGGACAAUAGUACUCGUGGCUUGGACAGUGCCAAUGCAAUUGAAUUUGUGAAGGGUCUACGCAUCUCCGCUGAUGUCCUCAACGCCACUGCCGCUGUUGCUAUCUACCAAGCACCACAAAGUGCCUAUGACAUCUUCGACAAGGCUCUUGUGCUUUACGAGGGACGUCAAAUAUAUUUUGGAAAGAAAGAGGACGCCAAAGCGUUUUUCGUCAACAUGGGAUUCCAAUGUCCUGAUCGACAAACAACUGCCGACUUUUUGACCUCUAUGACAAGUCCAGAGGAACGCAUCGUCCGCGAAGGUUUCGAGAAUAGAGUGCCACGCACACCAGACGAAUUUGCUAAAGCCUGGAAGGACAGCCCCGAGCAUGCACAGCUCCUGCGAGAUAUUGAACAAUUCGACCAGGAGCAUCCGCUGGGCGGAGAAGGUCUUUCCAGAUUCAAGGAGUCAAGACGCUUACAGCAAGCUAAGAGACAGCGUGUCGCAUCGCCAUAUACCCUCUCCUACUACCAACAGGUACGACUCUGCCUCUGGCGCGGGUUCCGCAGACUGUUGGCGGAUCCUACAAUCACAUUCGUACAAUUGUUUGCAAACACCAUCAUGGCAUUGGUCAUUUCCUCCAUCUUCUACAACCUUGAUAAGACAACAAACUCUUUCUACUCCCGCGGCGCCCUACUUUUCUUUGCAAUCCUGAUGAACGCGUUCGGUAGUGCCUUGGAGAUCCUCACUCUCUAUGCACAGAGACCAAUUGUCGAAAAACACCAGCGAUAUGCUCUUUAUCAUCCUUCGGCAGAAGCAUUCGCGUCGAUGUUGACGGAUAUGCCUUACAAGAUUCUGAACAGUAUCGUCUUCAACCUCACGCUAUACUUCAUGACCAAUUUGAGAAGAGAACCAGGACCUUUCUUUUUCUUCGUCUUGAUCUCCUUCUUUUUGACCCUGGUCAUGAGUAUGUUGUUCCGAACCAUUGCCUCUGUGUCAAGAACCCUCAGUCAAGCUCUAGCACCAGCAGCCAUCUUGAUCCUUGCCAUUGUGAUCUACACUGGAUUCGCUAUUCCCGUCAGCUACAUGCAGGGAUGGGCCCGCUGGAUCAAUUAUUUGGACCCCGUUGCAUACGGCUUUGAAGCUUUAAUGAUCAAUGAAUUUUCAGGCCAAAACUACGAUUGUGCGGUAUACGUUCCAAGCGGACCCGGCUAUAGUGGUCUAUCCGGAUUGGCGCACGUGUGCAACACCCCUGGAUCUCGACCUGGUCAGUCUUUCGUGAACGGUGACGACUACAUCAAUACCACCUAUCAGUACUAUGCUUCGCAUAGGUGGCGGAAUUUCGGUUUAUUGAUCGUGUUUAUGAUUGGUCUCAUGAUCACGUACCUGGUUGCAGCCGAACUCGUCUCCGCAAAGAAGUCCAAGGGUGAAGUUUUGGUAUUCCGUCGCGGACAUAAACCAGCCGGUCUGAAAGACCACCCGGAAGAUGCUGAAUCUGGCGCAACCGGGCGCGCCGUAGGAGCCGAAAGACAUAACGAUCUUGAACAAAUCUCGAGCAUCAUUCAAAAGCAGACUGCCAUCUUCCAGUGGAAGAAUGUUUGUUACGAUAUCAAGGUCAAAGGUGGUGAAAGAAGGCUCCUAGACCACGUCGAUGGAUGGGUCAAACCUGGUACCUUGACUGGACUGAUGGGUGUUUCUGGUGCUGGCAAAACAACAUUGCUUGAUGUCCUAGCCACCCGUGUUACCAUGGGAGUAAUUUCAGGAGAAAUGUUGGUUGACGGACAACAAAGAGACGAAUCGUUUCAGCGCAAGACCGGUUACGUACAACAGCAGGAUCUCCAUCUGGAGACGUCAACCGUUCGAGAAGCCCUGGAAUUCAGCGCCUUGUUGCGUCAACCAGCCCAUAUUCCUCGGAAGGAGAAAAUUUCGUAUGUGAACGAGGUGAUCAAGCUUCUCGAUAUGACUGAAUACGCCGAUGCUGUCGUAGGUGUCCCUGGUGAAGGUCUCAACGUUGAACAGCGAAAACGUCUUACCAUCGGUGUCGAACUAGCUGCUAAGCCUCAACUCUUGCUCUUCUUGGACGAACCUACCUCCGGUCUCGACUCGCAAACUUCCUGGUCUAUUCUUGAUCUUCUCGAGAAGUUGAAGAACAACGGUCAAGCCAUCUUGUGCACAAUCCAUCAACCUUCGGCAAUGCUUUUCCAGCGCUUCGACCGACUGCUCUUCCUGGCUUCUGGUGGCAAGACUGUCUAUUUCGGACCUGUUGGUGAAUCCUCCCACAUUUUGACUAGCUACUUUGAGCGUAAUGGUGGACAUCCGUGCCCUCCUGAAGCCAAUCCCGCAGAAUGGAUGUUGGAAGUUAUCGGAGCUGCACCGGGCUCUCAUACCGAUAUUGAUUGGGUCGACACUUGGCGAAACUCUCCCGAACGUAAGGAAGUCCAUGCCGAACUUUCACAGAUGAAGCAUGAUCGUUGCAAGCUUGAGCGAGCGACUUCCAACAGUGCGGACAAGUCCAGCUACCGAGAAUUUGCCGCACCGUUCUGGCAACAACAAUGGGAGGUCCAGAAACGGGUCUUCACACAAUACUGGCGUACACCUUCUUAUAUCUACAGCAAGCUAUCUCUGGUUGUUUUCUCUGGUCUUUUCAUCGGUUUCUCAUUCUUCAAAGCCCGCAAUACGCAACAAGGCCUACAGAACCAAAUGUUCGGAAUUUUCAUGUUGAUGACCAUUUUCGGUCAACUGGUACAGCAAAUCAUGCCGCUCUUCGUCACACAACGCUCCUUGUACGAAGUUCGUGAACGCCCCUCAAAGGCCUAUUCCUGGAAAGCCUUCAUGAUGAGCAACAUCGUAGUUGAGCUCCCAUGGUCGGCUCUGUGCGCUCUGCUCCUCUUUCUUACCUGGUACUAUCCCAUUGGACUAUACAACAACGCCGAGCCGACAGACAGUGUCCAUGAGCGUGGCGCACUGAUGUUCUUGUAUAUCCUUUCAUUCUUGCUCUUCACUUCGACUUUCGCGCACAUGGCAAUCGCAGCUGUUGAUACUGCCGAGACUGGUGCCAACAUCGCCAAUUUGGCAUUCAUGCUGUCAUUGGUAUUCUGCGGUGUUUUGGCCGGACCUUCUUCCCUUCCCGGAUUUUGGAUCUUCAUGUACCGAGUCAGCCCCUUCACCUACCUGAUAGACGGCAUGCUUUCGGUCGCCGUUUCUGGCACGAACGUCAUAUGCGCCGAGAACGAAUACCUGCACUUCAACCCAUCGGAAGCCGGGCAAACCUGCGCCGACUACCUGGCACCAUACAUCAACGCAACAGGAGGCUACGUGCUCAACGGCGACGCAACAGACGACUGCUCGUACUGCCAGAUCAGCGAGACCAACACUUUCCUCGCGGCCGUCAGCUCGCACCCUCAAUACCAAUGGCGUAACUGGGGAAUCAUCUGGGCGUACAUCAUCUUCAACAUUGCCGCCGCCGUCUUCUUCUACUGGCUCGGCCGAGUUCCCAAGAACAGAGGCAAGGGUAAAAAAGAGGAGACGGGCAGUCCCUCGGGCAGCAGGGACGGCAGCGUCCUCGUGCCCACCAGCACCAUCCAACGCGAAGAGAAGGACAUCGAGUCCGGCCCCUCGGUUGAACCUGUGCUCACCACCUCUCAUUCGGCCACACAUGCUUGUGAGGUGGAGUCUGAGACGGUGAUUGAGAAAGACCACGCAGCUGUCCGUUGA